AUGCAUGAGGAAUUUAAUGCUCUUACUAAACAACAUACUUGGGAUGUUGUUCCGAAAUCGGAAGGGGUUAAUGUUAUUCGUUGCAUGUGGUUGUUUCAUCAUAAGUACAGGGUCGAGACACAGCUUGAUUUUCGUUGUAGUACCAGUGAUUCAUCUCUCUUUAUAUUUCACUCUGGUGCUUACACUGCCUAUUUGUUAUUAUAUGUGGAUGACAUUGUUUUGACAACUUCUUCUCAUGAUCUCCGAAACCGCAUAUUAUCGCAGCUCAAGGAUGAGUUUUCUAUGACUGAUCUGGGUAAGCUCAGUUAUUUUUUGGGGAUUUCUAUGCAACGUAACCCCAACAGUACGUUUCUUUGUCAGAAGAAGUAUGCUGAGGACAUCAUGCAACAUGCUAAUAUGACUCAAUGCAAACCUAUUGCCACUCCUGUUGACACGAAUUCCAAGCACAGUUCCUCUGAUGGGUCUCCUAUAGCUGAUAUCACUCUCUACCGAAGCCUUGCUGGGGCUCUCUAG